GGGAGUGUGAGGGAGCAGCGCCGUGUUCAUAGACAUCUAAGCAACCGGGGCAGAGGCAUGGAGGUCGCAGACUGGGAGGCAGUGGGACUAGCCAGGGUAGCCCGUCAAGCUCGCCGUGUGCGUGCGCUGGGCCAGCAGAAGAGAACGGGCCCGCGACGAAUUCGACGGCGCGGGCCUACGCCCAAAACGCUUAGGGAGCACGACGGCAUUCCACGAGGACAAUCCCUGCCAACACGCGCGUGAGCCUGAGCGGCCAAGCCGUUUCAUGCCACGGCGCGACAAAGCGGCCGCCGCCCGAGGCGGCACCCGGCCUGCCCUUGGCCUGCCAGAGCCCGCCGUGUGUCUGCUCAGGACGCAGUUCGGCGUGCACAUCUCAUCUGCUGCCCGCCCGCUCACUCAGACACCAGCGCCCCCGACCGCGCCGGGCCCAGCGCAGCCUGUCUGGCUCCGUGGCUCGCAUGCAGGCGCGUCCGCGAGCAGCGACGGCAGCGCUGCGCUGAGCAAAGCGUCGUUACGCCGCCCUGGGUCACCGAGGUUGCGCGCUGCACCGCCCUUGGUUUGGCCACCCCCCCGUUGCCGUGUAACGCCUGCCCGCACCUGUUUGCUGCCUGCCGAGUCGGACAGUGUGACGUCCUACCAUCUCAACCAUCCGCCGUGCAACGACCAGCCCUGCUCCGAGAGGUGCGGAGUAUUGCUGAUGUCCUGCCAAAACGUGGCAAUCCACGUUUUCCUGCCCUGGCCCGGCCUUGGCUGCGCUGCCAGCGGCCACACCUGCCUGGCGGCGACCGUCGCCGUCGUCUGGCAAAUUUGCUCGCAGCACCCUUGCCCGCAUCGUCCCCAUUUUCCUGUGGCCAUUGUGGCCAUUGCACCUCUGCUGCAGUUCGUGGCUGGUCACAAUCAGCGCCCCCAGCCCCCGCCAGUCGACACCGACUUCUCCAUGCGCAGAACAUGCCUGUCGCCUUGACGUCGGUGACCAGCCGUGAUGCGUGCCCCAGCACACCUCACCUGCGUGCGUCUGCUCGACGGCAAAGCGUUUCGGGACACACAAGAUGCUGAUCGCUGACCACGUGUGCGACCCACGGCCUGGAUGCGAGACAUGUUCAGGCUUGCCUGGCUUGCCGGGGCCCGCCGUACCCGACCU